CACAAAUGCAGAGAAUCUGACAUUCAUGUCACAUGUUCUCGUGGCUUGGCUCAUCUGCAAGUCAGUUUAGCAACUCGCAAGUACCCACAACCUGAGCAUCCAAAGCUGCGCCACGAUCCCGUUACUUCUCAAACGGAAAACGCAAGUAUGGCCGCCCAGAAAAUCUGCAUCCCUGAACUUUUGGAGAUGAUUCUUCUACAGCUGGAUAUGCGCACUUUGCUUGUAUCUGCUCAAAGAGUCUGUCGUGCAUGGCACACCCUCAUCAAAGACUCCAGCUCUCUCCAGACCUUAUUGUUCUUCAAACCAGCGACCGAUCCGUUCCCGACCGAGCUAAGGGCAAGGGAAUUGGUCGAGGAUAACCCACUGCUGUCCUAUAUAUGGCACGAAUUCUGGCGAAAGAGAGUGUCCACUUCGUCUGUUAAUCUCAAUUUACCUCAACUUGAUCCACAGAGACAGAAUGUGUUCCUCCGAGAAGAAGCAAGCUGGAGACAAAUGCUACUCCGGCAGCCGCCAGUUUCGUUAAUGGCAGUUGUUGAGAAGACUUACAGGGCUCCACGAGGCUCAGCGUUUUGGUUCAAGGAGGAAGACAAAUUUACGAGGCUGGGGUAUCUAUACUCGGAGAUCUCGAGGCUAUCCCUAAUUCCUGGGCGAGAUCUUCGCUCGUUUUAUGAGUGCGACCUCAUUGAUCAGUACGAAAAAAGAUUGGGGUAUGUGCGUGCACGCGUAACUUCCUGUCAUCUGCCAACCUGCGCAUUUGUGAUAUAUUGUCAUGAAAUACAGGGAGUAACUGGAGAGCCUUAUUGUCGCGGGCCUUUAAAUAGUGACCUAGAGCUAUGGCUAGGAAACGAGCUUGGAGCUUAUAUUGCCUAGAGCAUCCGCCGCCAUGAGUUUAUCUGUAAUGAGUAUAGCCUAUAGCUGCUUGGAUGUGGGAAGAUUGUGCGUAUUGCUAUAUAAGGCAUGCUAAUUUGCUAAAUAACCCAAUAAGACACGGAUGCCACGACAAUUUGAUAAUUACAUCUAACGACGUUGGAAUGCAAGC